GUCCGCUCAAUCAAACCGCUUUGACGCAGCUGUCCCAAAUCUCCCCGAGACCUCACAAUCAAAACAAAUCGACCACGCGUGCUUUUCCCGCAGCAAUGACGUCACUUAUCCCCGCCCACUGCAAGUAAACAGAAAACAGUGAGGAAGGCGCUCGUGUCAGCCGACGGAACGAGGCAGGGGCUCGAGGCAGGAGCUGCGAAACGAGAAGUGGGGGGUGGGAAAAAAAGGGACGUUAACCCCGCUUUUCUCGUGGGUUUUAUCCGGCGGAGGUGGGGUCCGCUCGGGAGAUUUUCGGGCGGCAGCAGAGUCGCUCAGGAGCUAUGAAGGGAGAGGCGGAAGUGAAGUCACUUGACAGACCGUCCAUGUUAUUAUUGUUAUUUUGGGUAGCCGUGUGAUGAGACACGGGCUGGGGGAGUCGUUGGUCUGCGACACAGCGAGCGUUCACGGAACCGCAGGCCGCUCCGGACCCACACCACCACCGCCACCCUCAACCACCCGGAGACAGGAGCCUCGCUGGCGGCUGAGACCGAGAGAGGGGGCAGGAGGAGGAGGAGGUGGUGGAGGAGGAAGAGGAGGAGGGUGUGAAGACCCAGGGCUCCUGCACUCCAAAAAUAAAACAGCGACCAAAAGAAAAAAAAUCCAAAACAAACAUAAAAAAAAGCAAUAACGGUGUUCGUCCAAGUGUAGCAGAACCGGGCUGCAGCAGACAUGAACGGUAUCAGCAAGAGCCGGUUCGAGGUGUUCUCAAACAGCGAUGAAGCCCCCAUCAACAAGAAGCUCCCCAAAGAGCUCCUUCUCAGAAUAUUCUCAUAUCUAGAUGUGGUGACACUCUGCAGGUGUGCCCAGGUAUCCAAGGCGUGGAACGUCCUGGCUCUAGAUGGCAGCAACUGGCAGAAGAUCGACCUGUUCAACUUCCAGACGGACAUAGAGGGCCGGGUGGUGGAGAACAUCUCAAAGCGAUGUGGAGGCUUCCUGAGGCAGCUCAGCCUCAGAGGCUGCCUGAGUGUCGGAGACGCCUCCAUGAAGACGUUUGCUCAGAACUGCAGAAACAUCGAGGUGCUGAACCUGAACGGCUGCACCAAGAUCACAGACAGCACCUGCCUCAGCCUCAGCAAGUUCUGCUCCAAGCUCAAACAGUUAGAUCUCACUUCCUGCGUGUCAAUUAGCAACCACUCCCUCAAGGCCCUCAGUGAUGGCUGCAGAAUGCUGGAGAUGUUGAACCUGUCUUGGUGUGAUCAGAUCACACGGGACGGCAUCGAGGCCUUAGCCAGAGGCUGCGCUGGUUUACGAGCACUUUUCCUCAGAGGUUGCACACAGCUGGACGAUGGAGCUCUGAAACACCUACAGAAGCACUGCCCUGAACUCACCACCAUCAACAUGCAGUCUUGCACACAAAUAACAGAUGAAGGCCUGGUCAGUCUGUGCCGGGGAUGCCACAAGCUGCAGAUCAUCUGCGUGUCCGGCUGCAGCAACAUCACCGAUGCCUCGCUCACGGCUCUGGGUCUCAACUGUCCUCGGCUCAAAAUCCUCGAAGCUGCACGAUGCUCUCAUGUUACAGACGCUGGGUUCACAGUACUCGCCAGGAAUUGCCAUGAACUUGAAAAAAUGGACUUGGAAGAAUGUAUUUUGGUGACAGAUAACACCUUGGUUCAGCUGUCGAUCCACUGCCCGCGGCUGCAAGCACUGUCCCUGUCUCACUGCGAGCUGAUCACAGACGACGGCAUCAGAGCUCUGAGCAGCAGCGCCUGUGGCCAAGAGCGCCUCACGGUGGUGGAGCUGGACAACUGCCCUCUGAUCACCGACGUGACCCUCGAGCACCUGAAGAACUGCCACCGUCUGGAGCGCAUCGAGCUCUACGAUUGUCAGCAGGUCACCAGGGCUGGCAUCAAACGCAUCAGGGCGCAGCUUCCAGAGAUCAAGGUGCAUGCCUACUUCGCCCCAGUAACGCCCCCUCCCUCCGUACACGGAGGCGGCCAGCGUCUGUGCCGCUGCUGCAUCAUCCUCUGACAGUGGAGGGCCAGGGGGGGGCACCUCUGUYUACAGGUCCUGCUGCUCUGAUCUGGCCUGAUUUAAAAUUGGGGAAGAAAAAAAAAAGAUUUUGGAGGAGAGAGGAGAUUGGGUGGGUGGCGUAGGAGAGAGGAGGGGCUGGACCCGCUUGCUGCUCCUGAUCACCAGAUUUAAUAUCCAGACUGAAUGCCGCUGAUUCCCGAUCAGCUCAAACCACCUUUUCUCUCUCUUYCUGCUCACCAACCAGCUGCGGAGASGUUUUGAGGAAAGAGAUGAAUGAAUGGACUUUUUCUUUUUCUCUCUGUCUUGUUCUCUUUUUCCUUUAAAGACAAAACCAGGCUCUCUCCACUCCAUGCUGCCCCACGCACCCCUGACACCCCACCUUUGGGCGUGAAGGACCGAAAACUUGACCGCUGCAGAUAGACCAUGUGAUCAAACAAACAAACAAACAAAAAAAUAUAUAUGAUCAUUUUGGAAAACAGGACUCUAUGGAGCAUCAUCUCAGCCAAUCACCGCAUCUCUCUGUGACCAUCCAAUCUGCUUUAACCAAUAGACACGGAGCUGGGCUGUGAGGGAAAUGAACGCAGAUCUCCAGUGAAGCCUUGUCACAGCCAGCUGAACUCUGCAGUUUGACGAGAAAAAAAACAAAACAGGAUAUGUAACAUAUUUGUUCAUCUGAAAAAAAGAACUACUUCUGUUCAGAUUUUGAUUCUGUUUGKACAGAGAAUGUUAUAUAAACCCUUAGAACCACUCGUUCAAAGCUCAAAUAAGGCCAACAAAAACAGGUUUCUUAUUUUCAGUGCGUAUUGUAAUUGUCCAUGCCUGUCUAUUCAGAGGGAGGCAUAUGCUUGUCUUUUUUUAUGUAAAGGAAAAACAGUCGUCGUUUCACAAAAAAAAAAGGACCUAUGAUUCAGACCUCGAGGGUCAAACAGGAUUCUGUUGGCACUAAAUGUGGGAGGCCCUGAUCCAGUCCUGUCAGUUGCCCCGUGAGCUAUCUCCUACAUGACCACUUAGCCUUUGUUUACAUUUGACGUUAGGUUAGCACCGCAGACUAACCUGUUUACAUCAGUAGGUUUCCAGCCCCCUGCACUGUUCAGAGUUAGUCUGGAUAGGUUGUUACACUGAUACAAAUGGGGCAUAGCCAUAAACAGACUGAGAUGUCAGUUACUGAGAUUUAUUUCUGUGAAUCUGGAUGUCGAUCAAGGCUUGUGUAAUUGCUUCAAACGUGAAAAGCAGAUCUCCACAGAUCUAAGCUAUUGGGAUACUGAGACUGCGAGUAAAGGCACCUCAAGUAUUUGACAAUCACAUAAUUUUAUGUAUUUAAAGUUUAUUUAGAAUAGAUAUGUGUAAUUGUCAAUUUACUUAUGCUGUAAGAGAUUAUGAAUUGGCCUCUGUUUUCCCAGUCCUUCAGACUCUGAGCAGCACAGGAAUAUUUAUUUGUGAAUAGAUUUCACACAUCUUAUGAAAUCUGCUCGUCAUAUCAGUUGAAUUUUGACACAAACCGCUUCUUGUCAGUACAGAACAUUCGAGAACAGGGAGAGUGAUAUGUAGUGACUGUAGAGCCCUAGAAUCAAGUCUAUUUUGCUCAAAACUCUUUGAAGGAUUGUAAUAUUUAUCUCACCAAGAUGACAUGUUGAAAGAUGUUCCCUUUAUUGCCACCUCUUAAAAGAGUUUAAAAGGACAACCUUGCAUCUUGAGGUAUUAUUGUAGUGCCAAGUGCUUAGGAGUUAGGAGAAUGGCAGGACAAUGGAUAAGACUGAAACAAAAACCAAUGAAAUGAGAUUGUAAAGAUCAAGAAAGGCUCAGAUGAUGGCUUGACUUGACUGGUUGUGAAACUAAUGUCCCCUGUUUGAUGGACAUUUAACAGUUUUAUGUUUAAGAAAAUAAAGAAAUAAAUGAAAAAUAAAGAUGACUAAUAGUAAACGUG